UUCUGCGCACCUCGGAUCAGCAUAUUCCAUCUCCCUGCCCCCCCGCCACCGUCUCCCCCGCACGCUUUGACCCAACUCCCAAGCGCACGAUAGGACACGCGAUCCCAUUCCCGUUCCCUCGUCCAGUUCCAGUACUGCCUCCAGGAAGCCGUCGCCGCCAAGCCGCCAAGGAGCAGAGCACGCAACAGAGGGCGCCGGGAAUGGGGCGGCACGGCGUGGCCCGGAUCGGCGCCGCGGCGGCGCCCGCCUGGGCCGCCCUCCUCCUGCCGCCGCUGCUGCUGCUGCUUGCGGGCGCCCGCGCCGGCCUGACCAGCGAGUACCGGCGCCACCUCGGCUCCGCCAUCGACAUGCCGCUCGAUGCCGACGUCUUCCGCCCUCCGCCCGGCCACAAUGCGCCCGAGCAGGUUCACAUCACACAAGGGAACCAUGAUGGCACAGCCAUGAUAAUCUCAUGGGUGACAACAAGUGAGCCUGGCUCGAGCACUGUGGUGUACGGGACUUCAGAGGACAACCUCAACUACACUGCAAACGGAAAGCAUACUCAGUAUACGUUCUACAACUAUACCUCAGGAUACAUUCAUCAUUGCACAAUAAAAAAGCUGGAGUUUGACACAAAGUAUUACUAUGCUGUUGGAAUUGGACAAACAGUGAGGAAGUUUUGGUUCAUGACCCCUCCAAAAAGUGGCCCAGAUGUUCCAUAUACAUUUGGUCUUAUAGGUGAUCUCGGUCAGAGCUUCGACUCAAAUGUUACGCUUGCUCAUUAUGAGUCCAAUUCAAAAGUGCAGGCAGUGCUAUUUGUUGGAGACCUGUCAUAUGCAGACAACUACCCAUAUCAUGAUAAUGUGAGGUGGGAUACGUGGGCAAGAUUUGUGGAGAGGAAUGUCGCGUACCAGCCAUGGAUCUGGACAGCUGGAAAUCACGAGAUAGAUUUUGCUCCUGAACUUGGUGAAACAAAGCCAUUCAAGCCAUACUGCAACAGGUACCCCACACCUUACAAGGCUUCUGGUAGCACGGCACCUUAUUGGUAUUCCAUCAAGAGGGCCUCUGCUUACAUUAUUGUCUUGGCAUCAUAUUCAUCAUAUGGAAAAUACACUCCUCAGUACAAGUGGCUUGAAGCUGAGUUUCCCAAGGUCAACAGGAGUGAAACACCAUGGUUGAUCGUCCUCAUGCACGCUCCAUGGUACAAUAGCUAUAACUAUCACUACAUGGAAGGUGAAAGCAUGAGGGUGAUGUAUGAGCCGUGGUUCGUCAAGUACAAAGUUGAUCUCGUGUUUGCAGGACAUGUGCAUGCCUAUGAGCGGACACACAGGAUAUCAAAUGUGGCAUACAACGUCGUGAACGGCCUGUGCACUCCAGUUCCUGAUCAAUCUGCCCCAGUCUACAUCACCAUUGGCGAUGGAGGGAACCAGGAAGGGCUCGCCACCAACAUGUCGCAGCCGCAGCCGAGGUACUCGGCCUUCAGGGAGGCGAGCUUCGGGCACGCCGUCCUGGACAUCAAGAACCGGACGCACGCGUACUACACGUGGCACCGCAACCAGGACGGCAGCGCGGUGGCCGCCGACGCCGUGUGGUUCACCAACCGCUACUGGCAGCCGACGGACGACUCCGCCUCCUCCCAGUGAGGACCCGCGCCCUCGUCCUUGUGGUCGUGGCUCCUCACGGUCAAUAAGCAAGCAUCCCCUCGAACGGUCGCUGCUCGUGCUCCGUUGGAAGAAGAAGAAGAAGAACUAGUAUGUGUGGUUGUGUACAUAAGAGGAUUUCACGUGCAUCGCACAUGUUGCCUAUCGCGACGAUGUGAAGACACUGUUGUAUUGUGGACGUGCGGACUAUGGUUACUCGUGUAUAUGCUCGACAUUAAUACCCUGGUUUAGCUUCCUGUUUCUGCACCUGAGAUAUUUAUUAUAUACAGAGAGAGUUAGGUA